UUAAAGAAACAACUGGGAUUGAACCACGUCUUAUCCUUUUUCCUUUGUUUCACACCUUCUGUUUCGACCAAAUCUCUCUCUUUCUCUUUCUCUCUCUCAAUAUCAUAUAUGCUGCGUACUAUGCUAUACCCAUGUCCCCACUCUCUUCUUUCUAGUGGAAACGUGAGCUGACUGAGCAGCCUUCUCUGUCUCUCUCUCUCUCUAUUUGAUGCUUUCUGUUCUUAUGGAAACCCUAUCUUUUUCUCCUUCUUCUACAUAACCAUCAUCACCACAACCAUCGAAUUUGGUUCUGCAAGAUCACGCCUUUUGAUCAAGUUGACGUCUUUUUGAUAUUUGAAAAAACACUUCUUCUCCACUUCAGUUGAUUCCCCGGAAGAUUUAAUUCAUACUCUGUGUUCGAUUGGCUGUCUAACGUUGAAUUAGAGAUAUAAAAUGGAUUCAGGAAAUAGUGGGAGCUUACAGUCAUCGAGUGGUGCUGAAGAGGAGUGCGAUUCACGCGCCGCCGUUCAUGAUUCUGGUUUCAUCAUCACCCAUCAUCACCAACCUCACCCACCACCACCACCUUUCAACCACUAUAUGUUUGAUCAGAAUCAGAUCAACAACCCCUUGAUGUUUACGCUGUCCCCACAACAUCAACCUCAUAAUCUUGACUCUGCCAUCUGGUCCAAAACCCUACCUUCUUUCUCCGACCACCAGUUCUUCCCUUCAUCGUCUCAGACCGCCGCCCAUACUGUACCAUUCUCUCCGGUUACGACGUCAAACACUGAGCCGAUAACGACUUCAAUCCCUCCUCCCCCGGCUCGCAACCCAAAGAAACGAUCAAGAGCGUCAAGGAGAGCACCGACUACUGUGUUGACUACAGACACUAGUAAUUUUAGAGCCAUGGUUCAAGAAUUCACCGGCAUCCCUGCACCACCCUUUACAUCAUCGUCGCCGAUGUUCCCGAGGUUGUCGACAAGUUUUGAUCUUUUUGGUAGAUCCUCCCCCAUGAUGAGAUCCAACACCAACAACUUUGAUAACCAACCUCAACUACCUCCUUACCUUUUGCACCCAUUCCCACAAAAACUCCAGUCUUCAUCAUCUUCGAUCUCUUCAUUGUUGGACUCAUCUAAUCUGCUCAACACCAUGCAAAACACAAUCUCCUUUCCUUCUAAUCCUCUAAACCAAUCUUCAUAUCUGAACCAGAAAACCACACAAAACGAUGUAUCUUCAAAUGGGUUUGGUGUGAUCGGGCAAACCCAGAUUGAUGGACUCCACACCACUCUACCAGACCUUGUUUCAACCACAGGAACUGCACCCACAUCCUCAACCACCAAAGCAAGAAACAGCGACCAGAUGGCGUCGGGAAACUGGAAUGGCGACGCUAACUACAGCAAUGAAAAAGCGGCGGAUCAUCUUGGUGCUGGUAUGAAAAAUGAUCAAGGGUUUAUUGAACCCUGGGUUUGUUCUUCAGAUUAAUUACAUACAUACAUAGCGGAUCAUUUCUUAUGAUUAUAAUAGUGAUGGGUAUAAGAGUAUGGGUAUGAGUAUGGAAAUUAUGAGCUUCCUCUAACAAUGAGAGUACUACUUGAAGAUUUGUGUGUGUAAAUAGUUGAAGAAUUCAAGAAAUGAUGAUGAAGUUGUAUGAAAAAAAUGGUGGGUGUCACAUGGGAUUUGACUUUUGGAUACUGUUUAGGAACAUGGAGGUUAGUAAGAGAUCUGAUCGAUUCCCUGUGUUCAUAUUCUGAGGACGUUAUUCUCUCUUUAUGUGCAUUAAGAUUUUAAAGAGUAACAUAUCUAUGCAUUUUGACCUCUUUCUUUUCUUUUGCGAAGGCUCAUUUUAGUUUACAAGAGGUUUAUGAUCAUCCUAGCUAUUUGUAUUUUUCUCGUAUUUAAUUAUUAUAUUCAUUAGAAAAUUAUUUAAACA